AUGGCAGCACACGAUGUUAACACCUACUUCCCUCAGGAACACGUCAAAGACGGGAAGAAAUCAGCCACGACGGCUGCCCGUAAAAGUGCUCCUGCUACUGGCGGAGUCAAGAAACCUCACCAUUAUCUUCCGGGAACUAUGGCUCUCAGACAAAUUCGUCAUUAUCAGAAAAGUACCGAAUGGUUGAUCAGAAAAUUGCCCUUGCAACGGCUGGUACGUGAAAUAGCGCAAGAUUUCAAGACCGAUUUGCGGCGGUACCAAAGUUCGGCUGUAAUGGCACUCCAAGAAGCUAGCGAAGCCUACCUCGUCGGACUAUUCGAGGAUACGAACUUGUGCGCGAUCCACGCUAAGCGAGUAACCAUCAUGUCGAAAAAUAUACAGGUGGCAAGACGUAUUUGGGGCGAACGCGCCUAA